CCAUUAGGCAGCCAGUUUAUGAGCUUUGAAAACUAUCUUCCCCACUGGUUAAAAAGCACAAGGUAAGCCUAUUUUCACCUGUUCAAUUUACCUGCAGCUUAAGCCAGCAACCUGAAUCUGAAUCUGUGUACCAAAUAGGCUGUAAAAGUUACCGGGCGAUAAAAUAUGAUGGCUUUCAAAUGAACAUUCUGUACAAACAAUUGUUUCCCGAAUCGGCAACUUCACAAUUAUAUGCAGCAGAAAUGACGUAUUUUUGAUCCAGUAAAGCACAAUCUGCUAACCUAACCUAUUUUCUCCUCUUUUUACAUGCUAUCCUUCUAUGGACCAGUAGUAUAACAUACAUGUUUUGUUUUAUAUCAAGCAUGCAAAUUAAUUGACCGUAAUCGUACAAAGCAUUUCAUUUACAGGUCUACAAACUUGACAUAUCAAGCUGUUGUUUUUGUUUGAGUUCAGUAUCUAUGACAUGGACAUAGUACGGACAAGAGAUAAAAGUUUAGCUUAGAACUUGUAGGUAACUAACAAGUAAUUAUGUUUGCUCACUAAUUUUUCUUUCCUUUAGCACAGAGGAGACAUACUUUGGCAACACCAUUUUCAAAGAGUUGAUAUGGCAACAGUGCUGCUUCUCGGAGUGGCAAUCAUGCUGUCCCUAACCUCGAUAUCAGCUCAGCCUGCCCUCGGCUGCCAGACACAUUGCGGGGAGGUUGAAAUUCCCCGUCCAUUUGGCAUUGGUACAGGCUGUGCUAUAGAAAAAGGCUUUGAAAUCAAUUGCACCAAGACUGCCAGUGGAAUCGAAAAGCCAUUCAUUGGUAACAUCGAAGUCCUAAAUAUCUCAGUGUCCCAAGGCAAAACUCGGGCGUUAAACACCAUCUCAACAUAUUGCUACAAUCCUAACACAGGAAAUAUGGAAGACAACCGGUGGAAGCUAAACUUCUCCUCAUGGCCGUAUCGGUUCUCCAAUGUGGACAACAAGUUCAUAGUCCUUGGCUGCAACACGCUUGGAUAUAUCUACAAUAGUGAUAACAUAGCACGAUAUAUGACUGCGUGCGCAUCCGUGUGUGGGAGCAUGGCGGACCUGACAAAUGGUUCAUGCUCUGGCAUAGGCUGCUGCCAAAAUGCCAUACCCAAGGGCUUAACCAUCUAUAAAGUCGAAUUCGAGACUGUGUACAGUGAUUUAAAUAGCUCGCAGUUCGACCCAUGCAGCUACGCUGCACUGUUUGAAACAAAGACGUUUGAUUUCAGCACUGAGUACAUAGCAACUAUGAGGUUUAACGAUACCUACGAGGCGAAGGCGCCGCUGGUGCUGGACUGGGCAAUUGGAAAUGUACCAUGUGAUGUGGCUAGAAACAUGCCUUCUUAUGCAUGCCACGCCAGAAAUAGUGAGUGCGUGGAUUCAGCCAACGGCCCUGGCUAUAUAUGCAAUUGCACGAACGGGUAUGAAGGGAACCCUUAUCUCUCUGAUGGAUGCACAGAUGUCAAUGAAUGUGACCAGAAUCCAGGCGUAUGCCCUACGGGUGCGGCUUGUCACAAUAAAAUAGGAUACUACCGGUGUUCAUGUCCUCCAGGAAGAAAACUUGUAAAGGAAACAAACUCUUGCGAUCCAGACAUUCACCUUAUAAUAGGUAUUUGCAUCAGCUCCAUUGUUCUAGUGAUUGCCAUCUUCUGCAUGCGUGUAAUUUUUGAAAGACGAAAAUUUACAAAUGUCAAGAAGCAGUAUUUUCAGCAACACGGAGGGCUCCUAUUAUUUGAGAAGAUGAAAUCAGACCAGGGACUUGCGUUUACUGUGUUUACUGAAGCAGAGGUAGAACAAGCAACAAACAAAUUUGACAAAAGCCAAAUUCUUGGACACGGAGGCCAUGGCACCGUGUACAAGGGAAUAAUAAAGGAUAGUCUUCCAGUGGCGAUUAAAAGAUGUGCACUAAUUGAUGACAGGCAUAAGAAAGAAUUUGGAAAAGAAAUGCUGAUUCUUUCCCAGAUCAACCACAAGAACAUUGUUAAGCUAUUUGGUUGCUGCCUUGAGGUGGAAGUCCCGAUGCUAGUUUAUGAAUUCAUCCCAAAUGGGACGUUGUUUGAUCUUGUUCAUAGCAAGAACCGCACAUCGCAUAUCCCUUUCAGUUCUCUCCUGAGGAUUGUCAACGAGGCAGCUGAUGGGCUUGCUUUUUUACAUUCCUAUGCAAGUCCACCAAUUCUUCAUGGUGAUGUGAAGACCUCUAACAUCCUUCUUGAUGAGAAUUAUAUGGCGAAGGUAUCAGAUUUUGGUGCCUCCAUACUACCACCAACUGAUGAAGCCCAGUUCGUGACAAUGGUAGAAGGGACAUGUGGUUAUCUGGAUCCUGAAUAUAUGCAAACAUGUCGGUUGACAGACAAGAGUGAUGUUUAUAGCUUUGGCGUUGUCCUUUUGGAGAUCCUCACUGGGCAGAUGCCAUUCAAACUUGACGACCAUGAGCGACAACGGAGCUUGUCAUCAAGUUUCUUAUUGGCUAUGAAGGAGAACAAUCUCGAUUCUAUGUUGGACAGUCAAAUAAGAGGGCAUGAGAGCAUGGAGUUGCUUAGAGGACUUGCGGAGCUAGCGAAGCACUGCUUGGAUAUGUGUGGUGAUAACCGGCCCUCCAUGAAAGAGGUAUCCGAGGAGCUUAGCAGAUUAAGAAAACUUUCAAACCGUCCUUGGAUACAACUUGGCACUGAGACAGAGAACUUUCUCGCUGGACAAUCAACCAGCAGGUUUGAAAUAGAACAAAGCACGGAGUACCCAGGAAAGGAUGAGGAAAUGCCGAUGAACCAAAACAGUUCUUACUUUGUCAGGUGAAACCGAGAAGGUGAUGUGCCUACACUAAGUAUACUUUAGCCGAUGGCACUGCUCGGAAGAAAAUACUACAGUGAUCGGAAGAAAAUACAACUGCUACUGCUUAUAUUUCAUUAAUUUUAUUGUAACUCAUAAGACUUUGUCUUGGUUUGAGGUUGCAUAUACAUAUCAUAAUUUAGAACGAACAAUUGUUCCAUGUUACAAGCUGGGGGCCCUACCCAAUGCUAACCCGCCCUCCAUGAAAAAUUAUGUGAACUUUCUGUAGAAGUUGGAGUGAAUAGCUAAAUCACUACUAAUGCCAAAAAUGUUUUCAUUUUCAUAUGUUCCAUUUGGAAAGGUGCUGUGAGGUCCAAUAAUC